UCGCGGCGCCCGACUAUGAACCGCCGACGGCGGAGAAGAUGGCGGACGUCCUGCUCCCCAGGCGACUGGGCCAGCUGCGAGACGCCCUGUCGCCGUCGAUCGGCAAGGCGGCCACCGACUCCAUCUCGGCGGUCAUCGGCGUGUGGCUGGGCGAGUCGGACGACGUGUACGCGAGCGUCGACCUGUCGUACGCGACGCGCCACUUCAAGACCGAGACGAAGUGCGUCGCCUUCAGGCGGGUCGCCGCCGAUCAGGACGCCGCCGACGCGGUCCGCGACGUGUUCGAAUCGGCGCUCCAGCGCUGGAACGUCGACAAGAACCGCAUCAUGCGAGUUCUGAUAGAUAGUCCAGCCCGCACGGCCAAGACCUUCUCGUUCCCCGGCUGGGCGAGCGACUCGAGCCACGGAGGAGGCCAGGGAGGCGUGUCCACCUGUUCGCUGGACUCUGGAGAGUUCGACCUGAGCCACGAAAUACUGGAGGAGAUGGACGCGUCCGAACAAGACUGGUUCAUAAGCUCCAAUUACCGCCUGCACUGCGCCGUGCGGAGCGCAUUCGACGUGGACCAGGACGUGGUGAGCCUCGUGGCGCGGUGCAGCCGCGUCGUGUCCGGCAUCAAGCGCAGCGCCCGCGACGCCGCGACCGUGGCCGGAGCGACGGGCGUGUCGUUCCCGUUCCCGUCCAGCUACUCGGACGAGUGGACCUCGCAGCUGGACUGCCUGCGCGAGCUGUGCUCGGUGUUCACGCAGCACGCCGACCUGCAGGAGCGCAUCUACGCCUGCAAGGAGGUGGGCCUCUCGACCAACGACGUGGCGCUGCUGCAGGACCUGCUCGAGGUACUGGCGCCGCUCGAGGAGGCCACCAACGCGCUGCGGCAGCCCCAGGAGACCGUGGGACUGGUGCUGCCUGCGCUCAGGAACCUGCAGGUCAGUCUGACGCGGGCGGUGGCGAGGGACAGCUUCCAGCUGAAGACGAUGGCCGAGAACCUGCUGCGCAGCAUGGAGACCCACUUCGGCCACUCCUGGAACGACCCGGUGCUGCUCGCGGGCGCGCUGCUCGACCCUCGCUUCAAGAUCGCCUGGUGCGACGAGCAGACCGCGUGCAAGAUGAAGGAGGCCAUCGAGAAGCAGCGCGCCGUGCUCAACCUCGACCCUCCGUCCGUGCUCGCCGUGCAACGCCGCGACGCCGACGCCGGCAACAAGGGCCAGAAGCUGUUCCGGAACAUUCGGAACCUGGACAGUUCCUCGACCCAGCAGCCGGGACCGACAACGCCGCUGGGACAGGAGCUGUGCCUCUACUUGUCCGAGGACACGACGGAGGACACCGUGACGCCUCUGGGUUACUGGAAGGCGAAUCAGCCGCGGUUCCCGCUCCUGGCCAGGCUGGCGCUGUCGGUGUUUGCCGUCGGUGGCACGCCUGCCACCGUCGAGGAAGUGGCGUCCGUUACGGCGGCGAUCCAAGCGGCGCGUCGGCAUCGCUUCACCGAUGAACAGUUGGAACAGGUGGUGCUUCUGCGAAGACACCUGAUUUAGCUCUGCCUUGAGACUUGGUGACGCUGUAAGCCGCCCAGGACUGCUAUGCUAUCGCCCUGAGUGAUACCGGGCAAUCGUUCGACGAAGCAACUGGAUCUACGAAGCUCGUUGGUCAGGAACUGUCACUGUGUCGUUCUGAGGACACGGUGCAGGAGAUACGUGACGCCCAUCGCCUACUUGAAGACAGAUCAGCCGCGCUUCUGGGCAGGCUGGCGCUGACAGUGUUUGCCGUGGGUGGCACGUUAAAUGACCACCGACGAAGAGGUGACAUCUGUUAUGGUGGCGACCCAAGCGGUGCUUCUGCAAAAGACGCUUGAUGUGGCCUUGCCUUCAAGAGUGACUGGCUGACGAUGUAAGCCGUGCAAGACACUGCCGUGAUAUCACCCCGAGAGUGCCAGAGAAUCGUGAACUCUUAAUUUUGUGCAACGAAGCUACCGUACUGACGAAGCCUUUCUGUCGGGAAGCUUCGCUGCGCCGUUCUCAGGACACGACGCAGGAUACACGUGACGUCCCUCGGCUAUUGUUAUUUAGGAACAUGCGGUUGUUACGGGAUAUAACGAGCAAUGCUUUCGAAUGAGUGAGUGUGGAUUCUGGAAACGCCGCCUGUAUUUUAGGAUUGUUGUGCUUUUCAUAUGAGCUGCGGCGAGAUAAAACAGAAUUUUGUUAACGUGAUGAAUAUUUCAUGCUCCGAACGUUGGACAAGUAUGUUUAUAAAAGAGGCGUCAUGCUCUGA